UUCAGUGCACGAAUGAGAUGAAUGUGAAUAUUCCACAGUUAGCAGAUACACUUUUUGAGAGGACGGCGAACAGUAGCUGGGUAGUAGUGUUCAAAGCUCUAAUUACAACGCACCACCUCAUGAUGUAUGGAAAUGAGCGCUUUAUUCAAUACUUGGCAUCUCGAAAUACAUUAUUUAAUCUCAACAACUAUCUGGAUAAAAGUGCCAUGCAGGGCUAUGAUAUGUCUACCUUCAUCAGACGAUAUAGCAGAUACUUGAAUGAAAAAGCACUUUCUUAUAGACUUGUAGCAGUUGAUUUCACCAAAAUGAAAAGAGGGAUUGAUGGUGUGAUGAGAACAAUGAAUACAGAAAAACUUUUGAAAACCCUGCCAAUUAUUCAGAAUCAGCUGGAUGCACUUCUUGAUUUUGAUGCAAACCCAAAUGAACUAACCAAUGGCGUAAUCAAUGCUGCUUUCAUGCUCCUCUUUAAAGAUUCCAUUAGGCUUUUUGCAGCCUAUAAUGAGGGGAUCAUUAACCUGUUAGAAAAAUAUUUUGAUAUGAAGAAGAACCAGUGCAAAGAAGGUCUGGAUAUUUACAAAAAAUUUUUAGCCAGAAUGACCAAAUUAUCAGAAUUCCUCAAAGUGGCAGAGCAAGUUGGAAUUGAUCAGGGUGACAUUCCAGAUCUUACUCAGGCUCCCAGCAGUCUGCUUGAAGCCCUGGAGCAGCAUCUGGCUUCUUUGGAAGGAAAGAAGACAAAGGAAGUUUCAGCUGCCAGCAGAGCAAGUACUCUCUCCAGUGCGGUUUCCACCCUGGCCAACACAGGAAUGUCCUUCAGUAAAAUGGAUGAAAGAGAGAAGCAGCAGGCUCUGGAGGAGGAGCAAGCGAGACUGCAGGCUCUGAAGGAACAGCGACUGAGAGAGAUUUCUGUGGUUUCCAAUUCUACUUCUACAUCUGCUUCUCCAAGCACUUUAUCAGGAAAAAGUGUGAAUACCAAUCCCGCCGUUGAUCUUUUUGCAGCCCCCGCACCAACCACCAAUAGCAUGCCCAACCUUUCUACUGAUCUCUUCGAUCUUCAACCUGCAUUUGUUCCUACGGUACAAAGUACUCCAGCCAUAGCAACGUCAGCAAGCAGUGCCUGGGGAGGACAUUUCUCAUCCACAAAUGGUUGCGUUGGGUCUCCACCCCAUCUGGAUGUCUUUGAUAUGAAGCCGGUUGAAGAAGCUGUAAAAAGUACAACCCCUUUUGUGAGCUCCACCUUUGCCUCCAAACAAACAGUGGAACUAUUUAGUGGCUACCCUCUUCAUUCAGCAUCACAGAAAACGACCUCUUCAACAAUCAAUGUGGACUUUGAUGCUGUAUUUGGUGGAAAAUCAACUGUAAAUGAUUUUGGAACUACAGCAGAUGAUGUAUUACAGCCAACAGUAGCUGCACAAAAUCAGAGAGGAAAUGUAAUUGGGCAGCAAAGUGGGAAGAUUUUGGCCAAUGACCUUGACUCCUCACUUGCUAAUCUUGUAGGAAAUCUUGGAUUUGGAGGGACACCACCCAAAAAAUCGGAUAUGCAGUGGAAUCAGCCUACAGAGAAGAAACUUACUGGGGGAAACAACUGGCAAGCAAAAACAAGCACCUCAACUACGUGGAACACUGUCCCUGUGCCUCCCGCUCCACAGAUGGUACCUGCUCCAGUAACCUACCCAGUAAAUACACCUCAAGUGCCUGUGUAUGGAAUGGUACCUACUCAGAUCGGAACUGCCCCUAUUAUGGCACCUCAGCCUAUGAUUUAUACCCAGACAGGUCUAAGGCCAAACAAUCCUUUUGCACCUAUCUCUGGAACACAGAUUCAGUUUAUGUAGAUCUGCCAAAACAACAAGACUCUUUGACAACCAAAUAUUGGUAGAAAGAAGAUGAAACCUUCAGACUGCAGCCUUUGCCAGAGCUCAUACUUGCUCCGCAUAUAUUAUAAAAUUACUUUUAAUUGCUGUGCUUUAGAUUCUUUUUAUAACAGUCCCUAUGGUCUGAAAUCAUGUUUGGGUUUGGAUGGUGUUAAGACUGUUUUCCAUGAGAAGGUGAAGUAUUUUGAAGCUAAAGGUCAUCCAGGUUCGAACAGAAUAUCCUACCUUUUUGCUUUUAAAGACAAGCUUACUUAGGAAUCCUUAGAAGGAUUUCCUUUUAAUUGUGAGCCUGUAAUAAGCAAGCGGACAGCCUCAUACUUCUAUUUAUUUUCUCCCUGAACUCGGUGGCUGAUGUAAUCAUGGGCACUACAAAGCAAAGCUGAGCAAUAAACCUUUUAGAUACUCUGAAGGAGCACCCAAAACAAUAAGUACUCUGACAGGACUAAAUCUGGCAUUACAAGAAAAGAUGGUGUCUUGGGAAACCAGGCUGUUUCUCCUCACAUUAGGCUGGCUUCUAAUUCAUGGAUUUUAUACUGUGAGUUUUCAAAUGCUGUGAAUCAACUUUAAUUACAUUGGCCAUUAAUGUUCAUUUAAUUGGCCAUUAAUGGAAAACUAGUUAAUUGGCAUUGAAGCAGAGGGUUGCUUGGCUAAGCAGCAGAGCUCCACUUGGGCCCUGUGGGGGGGAAAUAGUGUAUUACAGAGCAACGUGUGCAGUUCUAGUGUGAAUGGCAGCAGGUGCGAGGCCUUACACAGGUAGUAGGGUUGUCUCUGACUCUAGUGAGAGUUGCCUACUAUCCUGGGAAAAACAGUAAACGGUCACCCAGAAGCCGUAAGUCUGGAAGGUGGCUUGCCCUCAUGAGGGCAUCAGCAUUUUUCUUUGUGGUUCAUCACGUACCGUGGUGCACUUUAAGAACUGGAAAGGCGUGUUUCUGAAUGCUCCAUUCAUGGUGUAGCCCAGUUUUUGCCGAGAAGGGAGCAAAGGAAAAAGUGCCCGUAACUAUGUAAGGUAACUUUUUUUAGGGGAAAGAAGUGUAAAUAUGUGUAAACCUUUAAGGACAGAAUUUCUCCAGAAUUGCAGGAUUUUUUUUCCCUUUCUCUUUCUGACACAUCCAGAACACGAAUAUUUACUGCUUAAAGACAGAUAGCUCAAAAUUCCUUUUGUAUUGAAAAGCUCAAACUAUUAUCCCUGAAAAUAUGUGAGAUGUUAUUUGCAGUUUAGGAGAGAGAAUGUAAUGUGAUAAUACAGCCUGAUGGUCCAUGAUUUUCAGCUCUCCCCCAAAAGUGGUGGUGGUGAUGAUAACAAUAAUAAGGAUACAUUGAACAGUACUAUAGGAUUUGACACAACCUGUUCAGGAUGUAUUAUCAGGGGAAACUGCAAGAAAUUUGGAUUUAAAAUCCCUUUUUAAAGUCAGAGAAGAGUUCUAAGUAAUGGAAGGGUUGACUCUUAUAUCACUGCCGUGUUCUGGUGUCGAGCCCGUUACCACAGCAAUAACAGGACAAAGGCUAUCCAGUAGUGCCAGUGUGGCUCUUCUCCCAUAAAAUCUGCCCCUUUUUGUCAGAUAUUCUUCAGAUAUGGCAUUUGAUCUCGUUCUUUCAAGCAUUUGCCAAAUUGUGGGUUUUGUUCUUAGGGGAGGGAUUUAACAGCAACUGCAACAAAAAAACCAUUUUUGCAGAUCAGAAUGUCAGAUUCAGAAAACAAUUUUUUCCCCUCUCUACGUGUCUUUUGUGUUUGUUAAUAUUGUGCCAAGAAUGUAAAAAAAAAAAAUGCCUGCUUCAAAAAGGAUAUACUUGUUUUGUCAAGCGAAACAUGAUUUUUUAAAGAAAAUCAUUUUUUUACAUACGUGUUUGCAGUUUGUAACCACUAACUUUGUAUGGAUUAAAUGUGCAAGUGGAAAAAAUGUUUUAGACCAAAUCUUCGACAUGUACUGGCAAAGACGUAAACUGGAUGCAUGUAAUUAAAUGUGGAAAGUGAAUUUUCAAGGGCUUUUGGCUUUAAUGUAUUCUCCAGGUGUGCCCCAAACCAGUAUUUAUUUGGCCCUUUAUAAGCUGGAGGAGUUUAUUUGUGGGGCUUGUUUGAAUUGAUAUUUUCAUGCAUUAAUUUAACUAAUCCUCAUUUAGGAUUGCAUAAUCUCGCUUCCCACCAAUUUUCACUCUUUCAAUCCAGUUUAGACCAGUACAUGUGUUUUAAAUAACAUAGGUUUUAUAAUAAAUUAAAAAUAUUUUAUCACAGACAUUGUGACCAUGUGAGGUUUAACACCGUAAUAUAAGCGGCAAGCUUUUUAACCCCCAGAGAUUAUUUUCUAAUCCUUGAGUUUUAACUAUGCUUAAUUUAUUACAUUUACUGGCUGCAACCUUAUAGCAGGGAAUGUCUUGCAAUAUCCAUCUCAUCUGAGGGAGAGAGCAACUUUAGCUCUCCAGAUGAAAGUAUGUCCUUAUGUUAUUGCUUGAUACAAUAUUAUAUACUAAUCAUUGAUUUUAUUGUAAUUAUAAUUCAUAAUAAUAACCACAAUGCCAUUGCAACAUACUGAUGUAUAAAAUUUCUAAUAUUUACAAAUUCUUCCUUCUAUUCAAUGUCCAGUACAGUCCGUAAAAAUAGACUUUAACUGUAACUUCUCUGUAGCUUAAGUUAUUUGCGGCUCAGCCACUCUGCACAACUUUCUGUGCCUGCAAAAUCCUUAACCAGUUCACACACAACCCGUAACAACCUUUUUCUCAGAAGGUACGCAUAAGAUUUUAUUCUUCUUACACCUUUCCGCGAUGAACUUCUAAAUAAACGUGAUGUCCAGCUGACCCUGCAAACAACACAGUCCUUAAGCUACAAUUGAUAACACGACACUGUGUUUUUGCGCAUUUGAAUGGUGUGAUUUCUUUCAGGAUUUCAUCCCAUCUUUAACAGGUUUAAUUUGAGGCUUCUAUUUUUAUCAUAUCCAAGUGCUGGAUGUGAUAAUAUUUUAGCUGUUUGUAGACAAUAAGCACUUUUGCUUUUAUUCAGUCAAGGUGUGGUUUCUGAACCGCAGCUGUCCCUAGUCGUGUAUCAGCUGUAAAUAUUAGCAGUGAAAUUGGAAGGAAUCUCUAGUAUGUAGUUCUCUGGGUGAUGUUUAAAUAAUAAUGCUUAGUUACCAGACCUUUAAUUAGACAAGGUGGGAGUUGUCUGUAUCUCCUGACCAGCCACUGUGUCCUGGAAUUCCCUCCCAUCAAGCUGGCACAAGAGAGACAGCGGAGAAAGUGGCGUCAGGGCACAACGGCCUUGCUGGUAGUGCUUGGGAUUGAACGGAAUAGCUGACUCUCCAGGAGAGGAAUUGCCUCCGUAGAGCAGUUUGGCAGAAGUACGCCUGCACUGAAAAACUGGAACCUUCCUGUCUUCCCGAAGGUGGGCGCAGCAUUGCAGUUCCUUGCUGCAAGAUCUUUUUUUUUUUUAAAGACAGUAGACCUGGGUAAGUGGUCUGUGUUAAUUUUAUUGGAAGUGUUUUUGGACCUGCUGCAGUUGGAAUUUCCUGCCUUCAUGCCAGAAAUUACCAUUGUACAGGCAACUGUACCAUUUUCAACUUCCAGUUGGCUAAAGGUUGUUUACAGUGAUAUUAGUGUUGUUAUAGUUGAAUGGUCUUGACAUGUUGGACAGUAAGUGUAUAUGUUGUGCAUACUUAACAGUCCCCUCUCCCUGAUUUUAUAUAUUUAUUUAUAGAUUGAGAUGAACCUCAUAGAAUGUUAUCAGCCGUAUCCCAGCUAAAUCCAGGAAUGCGCCAAUCUAAGACUUCAGCACGUGAACGAAGACUGUAACAUACCUGACUUGACGUGCAUUAGGUUAUGAUGAGGGCUGUACAGGCCUUCAGAAAUUAUUCCCAAAAGGUGCUUCGGAGUGUGUGGAGAGUGCAAAUGCAACACCGGGCUGCAACUCUGUAGAGCAGUUGUGUCUGCAGGGUUGUGUGGUGGCUCUCUGCUCACGGCCCCAGGAAAAGAUGCUACUGCUUUAAAGAGGUGCCAGUAGAUGCCAUCUUUGUGUUCCUGUGUGCUCCACAGCAAUGCAAUACAUAAAAAUGAAUGAAUGAACAAAAAUUUAAGGAGAAAAAUCAUGUUCAGAAUUGGCACCUGCUGAUCCGGUGUUGAACACUUCCUUGUAAAUACACUGGCGAUACUAAGGAAGAUUAAGACAAUUUCUAAUUCAUAAAUGUAAUAUUUCAUCCAUUAAUAUUUGCAUUGCAAAAUGCUUCUAGUUCUGGAAUGUUUGCUAUUAGAGAGAUAACAUUUCCUUUUAUAACGUUCUUCUUAAACCAGUGGUGAAUUUUUUAAGAUUUCCAUUUUUUAAAGAAAUGAAUCCAAAAUAAGAUGAAUUUAUCUGUUUUAUGCCACCCAUUAGCACUGGUCUAACAAUGUAGUUGAAUAUUUACUGGGAAAUUGGUCCAGUUAAGUUCAGCAGGACUUGUUUCCAAGCAAUCUCAGUCUGCAAUUGGCAUGUCCUGGGUUUAGCUGUCAAUACUGCUUUUAUGAUUUGCCAAAAUUAGGAUAGCAGAACAAGAUGAAUUUCUGCAGAUAUUCAGAGAUAACAUUUAUCAAGAGAAAAGGAGUUCUGCAUGUUGCAAAUACAUACACUAAUAAGGCCUUUUAUGUCAACAUCAGUUUCUGUUUCCCCCUUACGAUACUAACAAAGGGAUUUGGGUUUUAUUUUUUCAAAGAGAAGCAGGAUGGAUCUGAAGGUGGCAAGAGGCCUGUUUGGAACCUUUGCACAGCAGCAGCUCCUCACAGAGCUGUCAGGGGGACAGGGAGACCACUGGCUGGCUUCUAGGAAGUCGAGUGAGAUUCUAGCAGAAAAUGCUCUUGGGCGCCCUAGCGGGUUAUUUUAGGACCACGUACAACGGCAGCAUCUCUCUCUGUCCUUCAUAGGAAGCAGGGUGCGUAGGGGGGAGUCAUAUUCAAUCUUAAAAAGCAUCCAAAAGUGGGGCGAGCUAACGUGCUCUCUCCCUGUGGCCUCCCCUCCCCAUGGGCCAUCUUCUAAAUACCUCUUCCCACCCCCACCCCCCCGAGUCGUUGAAAUGAACUUGGUGCAGAGAAACAUACUCCAGCUGGUGAACUGCCCAAUGCUAACCCUUUGGAGCAAAGUCCUGCAGAAUUCCUGAUUGGCGUACAGCAUGUUGGCGUCAUAGUCAAACUGCACUUCCCAUCCCAAUGUGGCUGGCUGCCACUCUUCUGCCUAGCUGGCCCUAAGAAAAUGGGGGUGGGGGGAGCUAGAUCGUCAUACUUGAAAAAGUCUGUUCUAAAUUUAAGGUUCCUUUUUCUAAAUACACAUUUUACGAAGAACAAUAAAUAUUUUUAGUCCUUUGUAUAUAGUAAGUACCAUUUUUUAAAGGCAAGAAAUACUUGGGGUGGUAAAAUGUUAUCUUUGACUUUAAAAUUGAAUACAGGGUGUACAGGAUCUGGUUUUGUUUUGCUUUUUUGGUUCGGUUUGCUCCUUUUUUAUGUGUGGUUUGGGAAAGUUGGGGUAUCAGUUUUUGAGUAGAAUGCACUGUGGAUCAGUGCUUUUAUUUGUACAUGAAAGGGAAUCCUCUUUUCCUCAAGUAGCCUACAUUUUGAAGAUAACACUGAAAUGCUGUGUGUACUGCUCACUUAUUUCCAUUCUAAAGAUUCUAUUUUUGAGUAAGGGAAAUUGUACAUGUUUUCACUGCAGUUGCUAGAAAAUGCUUAGAAAUAGAAAGGUUGCUUUUGACUCUGGUGUACUUUGACUUCUUGAUUGUCAGGUACCAAUUGAAAAACGUGUUGUGUCACUCGUUUCCUCUAUGGCUGUCUGAUGCUCAUUUUAAAUAUUGUAAUAACUGGUGCAGUUCCUCUUCUCCCCUCGUCCCAGCCUUUCACAGAAGUUUCUGUAGUGUUCUCCAAAACUGAUAAGUCUUUGGAUGUAAUUGUAUUCCUGUAUCAAACAGUUGUAGGAUUAGAGGGGUAGAAAGGUGCUGAAUGUCUUCACCUUUUUCUUCUAAUUGGCACUUUCAUUGUAUUAUUGCUGAAUCUCCCCCUCGUUCUGGAUAGAGAGACUACCUGUUUGCAGGAUGAGUCUUUUGUUAUACCUGUGUUCAGAGUUGGCAGAAUAAAUCAUCCAUUAUAUUUGAAGCUUUUAUUGAAAGGGCAAUUGAAAUUGUAUGAUGACUCUGAAAUAUAAACGAUAUUACAAUUUUGUACUCAGAUUUCUUUUUCCAGGGUGUCUUUUUCUGUUUUGCUGUUAAAGCCAUAGAAGGCUUGCAGUUUAGCUAGGCUUUAAAGCAGAUUUUAGACCAGGUAUAGAGUUGGACCCAGACUAAAGUAGUGGCAUUUGAAUCCUGGUGGAAAAAGUUGUGAUGUGAUUCCCCUUUAAAUAAGUCAGAGCAAAGUGAAAGUGGCUGUCUUGAUCUAACUCACCAUGCUGAAUUAGUGGGGCGCACAUACCCAUCAGCAAGCUUGUCGUGGGGAGCCUUUGAAUAGCCUUCAAGAUGAUGUUACUUCCCAGCACCCCUUACUGUGACUCAUAUUGAUGGGGGCUGCUGGGAGCUACAGUUGAGCAAGAUCUGAAAAUUCCCACCUCAGGGACGCUGUGCAGGGGCAGCGUCAGCCUUUGCUGCUUUAUCUGGCAGAUGACAUUGUGUUCUUGAGCAUCUUCAUCUUAGAUGUUUAACUGGCAGAGUGGGAAGGCCAAAUUUUCCUGUUUUCAUUUUUAAACAAUGUCAGAUAUUAAUUAUGGAUUAAUUGUGGAUCAAGAUUUUUAAUUCACCUGCCCUAACCUGCCCCACAUGCACUGCUGAAGAAAACUUUCUUCCGUGCCAAAAGGUGAAGAGCCCUUAAGUCACGCUGAGCUCCUGGAGAUUACAUAGACAUGUCCGUGCAGUUUUGGCAACGUUAUGGAAGUGGUUUGCCACUGCCUAAUUUGGGGGUGUUGUUGUUUUUAAACUUUCUAUCUAGUUUACAGCUUGAGGGUUUCUAGUUGAUUUCCAUCCAAGUACUAAUUAGGUCUGACCCUGAUUAGGGUUUGUUUGUUUGUUUUAGUUCAGCUAAGAUUGGCUAGGUAUUGCAUCUGCUGUGAAACACCCACAUUUGCCAAUAUCAUCAGAGGCUGUUUUUUUCUCCCCGUACAAAUAGCAGUGUUUAGAAAAGGGUUAUAACUUCUUCUCCAUCCACUGUGGCCCUAAAUUCCCCUCCCCUUUUUUUUCUUUUAGAAGCACAUAAAAAGCAACUGCACAUUUCUCACGGUGUCUAGCUCUUAGGGCUUUUUUGUCUUCAGUCGAAGAGCGGCUUAACCGCAAAUCUGAGCAAAGUAAAUCCCACAGUGGUAGCAGGUUGAGAACACCUCCUGUGCUCGACUUAGUGCCAGACUGCCCACCUGCAAAGUAGAAUCGGCACAGCCAAGGGAAGAAUUUCGCUUGUCAGUUCUGUCAGGGAGCUUGGUGAG